GGUUGGUGGGGGAUUGACUGACUUUCACGUCAGUGUUUGGAUUAGGCCUAGUGCUUUGAGUUGUGUUUUACUCCACCUCCCGGCCUGAAGCUGCAGCUGCGCCCCAGUGGACCAAAGCAGCAGGGAUGGAGAGCCCAAACCUUGGGGACAACAAAGUCCCCUCCGUCACCGCUGAAGAGAGCCUAGUUCCAGACCCGCCUUGGGAUCGCUGGCAAGAAGAUGUUGCUGUUGGACUGGAAGGAGAGGGAGGAGACGGAAAGAACCUGGUGAUAAGCAGUGAGUGCAGCUCCCUCCUCCAGGAGUCUGCUGCUUCUGCUCUGUCUAGUUGUACUGCAGCGACAGAGUGCCACCAGCCUGUCCCAUGUGGAUGGGAAAGAGUUGUGAAGCAAAGGUUAUCUGGAAGAACUGCAGGAAGAUUUGAUGUAUACUUUAUCAGCCCACAAGGAUUGAAGUUCAAAUCAAAACGUUCACUUGCUAAUUAUCUUCUCAAAAAUGGAGAGAUUUUCCUUAAGCCUGAAGAUUUUGAUUUUACUGUACUGUCUAAAGGGGGCAUCAGUCCAAAUUGUAAACACCAGCGUUUAGCAGCUCUGACUUCCCAGCAGCCAAAUAAAACUGACAUUUCAAAGCAGAACCUCAGGACACGAAGCAAGUGGAAAACAGAUGUGUUGCCUCUGCCCAGUGGUAAUUCAGAGUCCCCAGAUAGCAGCAGACUGUCUAACUCUACCUCUGCUUGUUUGCUAUUGAAAGAACUUAAGGGCAUUCAGGAUGCUGACUCUGGAAAGAAGAGAAAGCUCAAAAGAAAGGUGACUGUUUUGAAAGGAAUUGCAAGUCCGAAAACCAAACAGAGGUGCAGGAAGAGUCUCUCAGAUUCUACUCAAAGAAACAGAAAAAGAGGAUCUGUGGUUCAGAGAGCAGGCGCUGAUAGCGAGCUGGUUCCACAGGAAAGUCAACUCAACAGAACCCUCUGCCCUGCAGAUGCCUGUACAGGGGAGACUGUCAGCUUGGCUGGGGAAGACAAGGGCCCGGGACAAGAAAAAUCACCAAGCCCAGCAUCGGAUCUUUGUUUCACACAAGUAACUUCUGACACCACAAGCAAAUUGCAUUCAAUGGAAGCAGCAGGUGAUGAAAAGCGUGAGCAGACUUUUUUAGAAUCAGAGGAAAUCAGACCGAAGGGAGACGAAGAGGGGGAGUCAUAUUUGCAUAUCGACGAUGUUUUACAGGGUGGCUCUGAAAUGCCCAGCUGCUCACAAGCCAAGAAACACUUUACUUCUAAGACAUUUGGAGAAGACAGCAUCCCACGAACACAAGUAGAAAAAAGGAAAACAAGCCUGUAUUUUUCCAGCAAGUAUAACAAAGAAGCUCUUAGCCCCCCAAGACGCAAAGCCUUCAAGAAAUGGACACCUCCUCGGUCACCUUUUAAUCUUGUUCAAGAAAUACUUUUCCAUGAUCCUUGGAAGCUUCUCAUUGCGACUAUAUUUCUCAAUCGGACCUCAGGCAAGAUGGCCAUCCCUGUGCUGUGGGAGUUUCUAGAAAAGUACCCUUCAGCUGAAGUGGCCCGAACUGCUGACUGGAGGGAUGUGUCAGAGCUUCUUAAGCCUCUUGGUCUCUAUGAUCUCCGUGCAAAAACCAUCAUCAAGUUCUCAGACGAAUAUCUGACAAAGCAGUGGAGGUAUCCGAUUGAGCUUCAUGGGAUUGGGAAAUACGGCAAUGACUCCUACCGGAUCUUUUGUGUCAAUGAAUGGAAGCAGGUGCACCCUGAAGACCACAAGUUAAAUAAAUACCAUGACUGGCUUUGGGAAAAUCAUGAAAAACUAAAUCUAUCUUAAAGCUGCCUAUUUGAAGUUUCCUAUGCAUUGCUUUGUGCUUCCGUUUCUAAGGGCCCUGUGGUGUACAAUGAGAUCCCUUCCCGGCAUGUAGGGUUUUUUUUUCAAUUUGUUAGAAGCCUCUUUCAGUAUGUCUUAAGCUUCCAUUUUUAAA